AAGCCGGUGCGAGAAGAGAAAGCGCGUUAUGAAGCUCUUGUCUGGGUAGUUGCAAAAUCUCGCAAAGGCAAAGAAUGAAUCGUAUAAUGAAUCGUAUAAAAUGAGUAAACGACUGAAAUUACUGUUCGGGGAUCUUCCACCACAGGAUCUCUCCAUAAUUCAGAUCCGAAUCAAAACUUAACCACUUCUCUCCAAAAACUUUCCCGAGAAAAUCCCUAUAAACUUUCCCGAGAAAAUUUCCUUUUCCCAUUCCACUUCAAUUUUCUCUCCACCGCCAACAAUGGCGCUGCGCUUCAACGAUCGCAGAACCACCGCUCUCGCAAUUCUCCUCUGCUUCCUCUUCCACCUCUCGCCGACACUCGCUCAGGAUUCUCUGGCUCAGAUCGGUGGAUCUGUGGAUCUCGGUCGCCGCGGCAAAGUUAUGUUGCAUCAUAAUGCUUCAGUCAUUUCUAUUGGCUUGGAUUCCACUGGUGUUGGACUCUUUGAUGCUUUUUUUGCCAGUCUAUCAAUGAUCCUUGUCAGUGAGAUUGGGGAUGAGACAUUUAUAAUAGCAGCUCUUAUGGCUAUGCGUCACCCUAAGUCGAUUGUGUUGUCUGGUGCACUCAGUGCCCUGAUUAUAAUGACAGUACUUUCUACAGGACUAGGAAGGAUUGUGCCAAAUUUGAUUUCGAAGAAGCAUACAAAUAGUGCUGCUACAGUUCUUUAUGCUUUCUUUGGGUUACGAUUGCUGUACAUUGCGUGGAGAUCAUCAGAUUCAAAAACUUCACAGAAGAAAGAAAUGGAAGAAGUUGAAGAGAAACUUGAAGGUGGACAAGGAAAAACUUCAUUUCGACGGUUCUUUUCAAGAUUUUGCACACCAAUAUUUUUGGAGUCUUUUAUUUUAACAUUCCUUGCUGAGUGGGGUGAUCGCAGCCAGAUUGCGACAAUUGCACUGGCAACCCACAAAAAUGCGCUGGGAGUGGCGGUCGGGGCUACUAUAGGACACACCAUCUGUACUUCUGUGGCAGUGGUGGGGGGAAGCAUGCUGGCAUCUAAGAUUUCCCAGCGCACAGUGGCCACAGUUGGUGGUUUGCUCUUCCUCGGCUUUUCAGUGUCUUCAUACUACUACCCUCCUCUAUAAUUAUUACCGCGUCAAUUAAUCCUAUUCUUAAUGUUUUCGUCGACUUGUCAUUGUGAUCGUUCUACGUUGAUCUUUUUUUUUCUUUCUUGAUUGUCCUUAUAAUAGAAUUUGUUGUACUUACCCCCUACCCUAGGAAUACUAACGGGAACGUAAGGUUUUGAAUCCCAUUCUUUUCUGUAGAAUAUUUUGUGUUUAUCUCUCACCUUGCACAUAGACAGCCGUUAUUUUUCAUUGUUACCAAAGGGUAAAAGUAUAUUCCUCCUUUCCA